AAGGCAUUGCUCCCUUUGCUCCGGUUUGCUGGAAGGAGACGAGGAGGAAGAUACAGCCGACCAAGGAUGGCUUCUUGCCGGGUGGCUCGCGGCUUGUGGCGGGGCUGCAGCCGGAGGUUUAUUUCUACAGCUCCUGCUUCUCAACUUUCAACUGCUGAGAUUGCUCAGAUGCGCAAUGAACUCUACACAAAGGAGAGAGAGAGACAGUUGUCUCUUUAUCCACGCAUUGAAAAGAUUGAAGUAAAAUAUGUUGGCAAAUCUCACCCGGGCACUGUGUUUGUAAUGAAUAAAGGCUUUUCCACGCCAUAUAGCUGUGCUAUGCAUUUAAGUGAACUGCACUGUAAGAAAUCUGUCCUUGCCCUUGUGGAUGGGGAAUUCUGGGAUAUGAACAAGCCUUUGACUAAUUCAUGUGAAAUAGAGUUCCUUACAUUCAAAGAUGAAGAUCCAGAGGAAGUAAACAAAGCUUAUUGGCGCUCUUGUUCUAUGCUAUUGGGCUAUGUAUUAGAACAGGCAUUUAAGGAAGAAUACUCAACCAUCCUUGUUAGAGCUCCAGAAGUGCCAGUGAUCUCUGGAGCUUUCUGCUACGAUGUAAUCUUGGACAGCAAGCUCGAUGAUUGGAAGCCAACUGAGGAAAGUCUUCGAUCUUUUACAAAGGAUAUUCACAAACUAAUUCACCAAGAUCUUCCAUUUGAAACCCUGGAUGUGGAUGCAAAAGUGGCACUUGAAAUAUUUCAACAUAACAAGUACAAACGGGAUAUGGUUGAACAGAAAGCAUCACAAAAUUCUGAACGAAUAGUAAAACUGCACAGAUGUGGUAACUUUGUAGACAUUAGUGAAGGCCCUCAUAUUCCCAGAACUAGCUUCUGUUACCAAUAUGAAGUGACAGCAGCUCAUAAUCUUCAAAGCAGCCAGUCUGAACUUAUACGGAGAUUCCAGGGUCUCUCUCUUCCAGUUGCCUUGAAGCUUCAACAUGCUGUGUGGUACAGAUUGCGGGAAAGAUCACGGAAACUAGUCAGUGAAGAUGAACAAAAACAAGAUGGAGACAAACAUUGCACCUCAAAUACUGAAUCAGUCUAAGUAUUUCAUAUUUGCACAUGGAAAAUAAUACUGAAUUAAAUCAAGAAUUUUUAAA